AUAUGCUGGGGGACGUGAGUUUUCAGUUUGAAGAGUUGAGAGCUGCUCUAUACAACCGUCGAUAUGAACAACUUGAAGCAUUGAGAAUACAACAGGAAAUUCAGAAUGAUGUGAAUGUCAGGCAACAGCACCAGGAAGACCAGAUAACUGAUGAAGAUGAUAUUUCCAGUCCAGAAAAAGAUGGAGAUGUUCCUACCAGUGGUGAGAAAGAUACUAACGUAACUCCAGUGAAAACACAGAUGCAGAAGUCCGUUACACCUGAGCCAACAUAUGAGCAGCAUUUGCAAAGUCCAGUUCCCUCAUCCAAGGUACUUGUACAGACUGGUAUUAACUCUGAAAUAUGUAUUGAAGACAAAUUAAAAUCUCCUUUUCAAGUUCAAAAUAUUAAUAAACUGGGUUUUGAGUGUAAGACUGCACCAUUGGAGGCGAACACGUCUUUGUUCCAUUGCCAAUCAUUCACUGUCAACACAAAAGAGGCGAUGAACGUUGUCCAGGAGAUGUGGAACAGUCCAUCUCCUGCCCCAGGAUUUGGAAAAAAUUCAAGAUCUUCUAGAGUUUUUCCAGUGUCUCCAGUAGCACUGGACGAGUCAGGAGUUUUCAAAGUGCCACCUGUUCCACCUGCUCCUUGUCGGGCUGAUGAGGGAGAUCCAGCUGGAGCCUCGAAGCUACCGACUCCAUGUUUCCCGAUCUAUUGUGAUGAUGAACCAGCUCCUGCCCCUGCCUCUGCCCCAUCCUUGACACCUGCUUCAUCACAACCUUUCCAGAUAUAUUCUGAUGACAUGGAACCUGAACCACAACCUACAAAAGAGAAUGUUGUGGAUUCUGAAAAUAUUCAAAACCUCAACCAAGCUGAAAACGUUCCUUUGCCACUCCCACCUUUUCAUCCCAUGACUAAACAGCCUAUGUCACAGUUUGGAAGAGUGCAUCCACCAGGCACUGAUGCUGCCACUCUGAAGAUGUUGGCUUUCGAUUCAGAUGAUUCUUGUGAUGAGAUGCCGAUGCCAAAUAGAAAAACAGCAGAAAAUUUCAAACCACAGCACCCAUUGUUGGGAUCGAACAACAUUCCCACAGUGUCUGUCACAGCCCCAACACCGGUUAUUGAGAAACAUCAGAAAACAUUUGAGGAAGGCAUGAUUUCACAUCCAAUAUUUCAAGAUGAGGAUAAAUAUGAUGACAUGACAUGCAACACAAAGGCAUUUGAUUUUGUACUUCCAUCUUCAACACCUCUGGUUGGCCAUUUGAAAUCAGCAAACAAUCAUCAGGCUUCAAAACAAAACAUCAAUGGAUCAUAUAUUGCUGAAGACGUUAAAAAGUGUGGUACAAACACAAAGCAAGAGUUAAGUAUGAUAUUUGAAGCAUCCAAAGAGAGGUACAGUAGUUCUUCUGGGAGCAGUGGCAGUAAGACCCAAGCUUCUGUGUGUACAGCUCCAAACACAAGUUUACCACCAGCUCAGGUCCAAACAGAACUCAGGGAGAAAUUGGCUCAAAUAUCUGCCAACAAGUCAUUAGAAGAAUUGGAGGAAAGUGUUGGCUUGCUGAACAUCUCGGGUCCAGUGGAUCCAUUUUGCACGGAGCUGAUCAAUCAACUACUAUCUCACAUAGGAUAUCCCAAGAAACAUCACCUGAUUGGAUUGCACAGGUUUGAGAAUGAUGCGCCCAUCCUCAACUGCAAUUCAACAGUAAAACUGGGGAACACAAAGUACUCUCUGAUCGGCGAGCUGGGCAAGGGGUCAUAUGCCAGAGUACUGAAGGCCACUAGGGAUGGUCAACCUGUUGCCCUUAAGCAGCAAAGACCUGCCUGGCAAUGGGAGUGGUAUAUCGUACAGGAGCUACAGAGUCGCCUCCCUCCGACCAAGAUGGGUGGCUAUUUGCACAUGAGCAAUGGUUACAUUUAUAAAAAUGGCAGUAUUUUGGAAUCAGAGUGGGCACAGUAUGGUUCAAUUCUUUCAGUUGUCAGUAAACUGAAAAUUGCUGGGAAAGGCCUUGAUAUUCACUUAGCUAUGAUCUUCUCCAUCCAGAUGAUCUCAAUUGUAGAACACCUCCACAAGUGUAAGAUUAUUCAUGGAGACAUCAAACCUGACAACUUUGUUCUCCACUCUAUCCCAUCUGCGGAUGUGACAGUACCUUGUCUGAAGCUGAUAGAUUUUGGCCGCAGUAUUGACAUGACUUUGUUUCCCGAGGGAACAACUUUCACAAAAGUGGUCACGACUGACGGCUUUCAGUGUAAUGAAAUGAAGGAAGGUCGCCCUUGGACUUAUCAGACUGACCUAUACGGCUUGGCUGGAAGCAUUUACUGUGUCCUGUUUUAUGACUACAUGAAGGUGGUCAAGAAAGGCAAGAAAUGGGAGCUCAGCACUAAGAUUCCAAGAUACAUGAAGCCAACAGUAUGGCAGGAAUUGUUUACGCCACUGCUGAAUGUGGAGUCGUGCGAAAACAUCCCCGAUCUGUCUGCAUUGCGAGAAAUUUUAGAAAAACCUUAUAGGACUAUGGAACUCUCCACUGUCAACCAGUCUAUCAACACACUGAGGAAUAUUUUGUUGAACAAAUGAAAUUCAAAAGUUUGCUAAACUUGUAAAUGAAGUUAUUUUUUAACUCGUAUUUUUAUUGUUUAUUAUAAAUAUACUUAUUCAUUCUUUCGAUUUGCUUUUUAAUGUGUAUACAAUAAAUGUUUUCUUUGUAAACUUAAAAUAUUUAUAAAAGUAGUUUUGUACAUUU